AUGAAGGUCACAAACAAACUCCUGGAGUCGCACAAGGAAGAGAAUGCACCGGCGACAUUCUCCUUCGAGUUCUUCACUCCCAAGACAAGCCAGGGUCUCCAAAACUUGUACGAUAGAAUGGAUAGAAUGUAUGACCUAAAUCCUUUGUUCAUCGAUAUCACAUGGAACGCAGGAGGUCGUUUAAGCACACUCACCACAGAGAUGGUCCAGACCACCUCAACAGUGUUGGGCCUCGAGACGUGUAUGCAUCUGACUUGCACAAACAUGAAAACAGACUUGAUCGAUCAAGCUUUGAGAUCGGCAUACGAAAGUGGUUGCCAAAACAUUUUGGCCCUUAGAGGCGACCCACCGUUGGACGGCUCUGAGUCUACUGGUGAUUUCAAGUAUGCUAAAGACUUGAUCAGAUAUAUCAGAAAACACUACGGUGACCACUUUUGUAUUGGUGUUGCGGCUUACCCUGAGGGUCACCCCGAAGAAUCGGAUCCCGUGAAAACUUUAAAAUAUUUGAAAGAAAAGCAAGAUGCGGGUGCUGACUUUAUUGUCACUCAGAUGUUUUAUGACACGGAAAACUUCAUCAACUGGUGUGAUGAAUGCAGAAAAAUAGGUAUUACUAUGCCAAUUAUCCCAGGUAUCAUGCCCAUUAGUACAUAUGCUGCCUUCAUCAGAAGAGCUGGCUGGUCCGAGAUCGCGAUCCCAAAACAUUUCAGCGAGGCUUUGGAGCCUAUUAAAGAUGACGAUGCCAAGGUCAGAGAAGUUGGAACAAAGUUGGUGAUUGAGAUGUGUCAGCAAUUGCUCGAAUCCAAAAGAGUGAAUCAUCUGCAUUUCUAUACCAUGAACCUGGAAAAAUCUACCCUAAUGAUCUUGCAGGGUCUCAAUUUGGUUACCAAGCAACAGCUUCACGACAUGAAACAGCCGUGGAGAAAAUCGCUUAAUCCGAACAGAUCCAAGGAGACAGUCAGACCCAUCUUCUGGAAAAACAGAAAAUUCUCUUAUAUCAGCCGCACUGCUAACUGGGACGAGUUCCCGAACGGAAGAUGGGGAGAUUCUCGGUCUCCUGCUUUUGCCUCCGUUGAAUCGUGUGAGUCAGAGCUCAUCAGGCACUCUCCCAAGAAAGCACUUGAACUUUGGGGCACGCCCAACAGUCUCAAAGAUUUGGCCGAGCUGACCAUGAGAUACAUCAACGGGGAACUAUCAUGUUUGCCUUGGUCGGAUGGCCAAAUCUCCUCAGAGAUCGAACCUACUAAGAAGCAGAUCUUGGAUAUUGUCAAGCACGGAAUCCUCACGAUCAACUCACAACCUUCUGUCAAUGGACUCAAAUCCAGCGACAAGGUGUUUGGAUGGGGGCCGAGAAAUGGUUACGUUUACCAGAAACAGUAUCUGGAGUUUUUGGUUCCUUCCACAGUGGUGAGUUUGCUAAUUGAACGCAUCAAUGAGAUGAACAAGGGAGCAGAUUCCAACAUUUUGUCCUUCUAUGCCACCGACAAAGAUGGCCAUCUGAUUACCAAUACGCAAGACUCAGACAUCAUCGCUGUCACUUGGGGCUGUUUCCCAGGAACUGAGGUAAUACAACCAACCAUCGUGGAACGUAUCUCCUUCUUAGCAUGGAAGGAUGAGCUUUUUUCAAUUUUAGACAAAUGGCUUUCGAUCUUCAGACAUGAGAAAGCCACACAAGCAACUGAUUUCCUAUCGUCUUUGUGCGACUCGUUCACACUGGUGACAGUUGUCGACAACGACUACGUCAAGAGCCCGAAUGCACGGAUAUUUGAGCUCUUCCAAGACAUUGAUCUGCUUGCUUGA